GCGCCCUCACCAGAGCCCCUGGGCUACCUGCCGCCCCUCCACGGCGCCUACCAGUACAAGCAGCGGUCGCUUUCACCCGUCACCAGCCCUUUGCUCCGGGAGCCGCGGCCACGCCACGCACACGCUGCCGCCGCUGCCUUUGCACUGGAAGCCGCUGCCAUCGGGCUCUCCCGGGAGCGGGAGCGGGCCCUUGAUUACUAUGGGCUGUAUGACGAGCGCGGCCGGCCCUACAGCUACCCCAUCGUGGCCGAAGAAGACCUGAUGCCGGAGGACGAUCAGAGAGCCACCCGCAACCUCUUCAUCGGCAACUUGGACCACAACGUCUCAGAGGUGGAGCUGAGACGUGCCUUCGAGAAGUACGGCAUCAUCGAAGAAGUGGUGAUCAAGCGCCCUGCCCGGGGCCAAGGCGGGGCUUACGCUUUCCUCAAGUUCCAAAACUUAGACAUGGCACAUCGGGCCAAGGUCGCGAUGUCAGGCCGUGUUGUUGGCAGGAACCCUAUCAAAAUUGGCUAUGGUAAAGCCAACCCUACUACCCGGCUGUGGGUGGGUGGUCUUGGCCCCAGUACUUCCCUGGCUGCCCUGGCGAGGGAGUUUGACCGCUUUGGCAGCAUCAGGACUAUUGACUAUGUGAAGGGAGACAGUUUUGCGUAUAUUCAGUAUGAAAGCUUGGAUGCUGCCCAGGCUGCCUGCGCGCAGAUGAGAGGCUUUCCCUUAGGCGGGCCGGAGAGGAGACUUCGUGUGGAUUUUGCCAAAGCAGAAGAGACAAGAUACCCACAGCAGUACCAGCCUGCGCCUCUCCCUGUGCACUACGAACUGCUUGCUGAUGGGUAUAGCAGACACAGAAGCCUAGAGCAAGACUUGAGGGUGCGAGAUAGGACUCCUCCACAUCUCCUGUACUCAGACAGAGACAGGAGCUUUGCAGAGGCAGACUGGGCCAGUCCUGCCAAAAACGCUGAACGCAGAAACAACUUGGAGAGCUACAGCCGAUCAGUGCGUAGCCGGAGUGGAGAGCGCUGGGCCAGCGAUAGCGAUCGUGCUAUGCCUAAAGUGUGGGAAGAGAGGCGGAAACGACGGAGCCUUUCCAGUGACCGUGGCAGGACUACUCACUCGCCUUACGAGGACAGAAGCAGGACAAAGGCCAGUGGGCCAGCUUUAGACCGCAGCCCAGAGCGGGUUCGCAAAGAGAAUCACACUACAGAAUCCGGAACUGAGAAAGAGCAGAGUAACUCCCUUCAGAACAAUCGUCACACAACUGAGGAGAAACCCCAUCGUGAGGCAUCCGAUGCUCCUCAGCCUAAAAAAAGAGACAGCGAACGCAAUCAUCGAACUGGUGAAUCAGAAUCAAAAACUCACGAGGAGCCAAAAUCUGAGACCAAAAAGUUAAAGAAUUUGUCAGAAUACGCUCAGACGCUGCAACUUGCUUGGAACGGGCUUCUCGUGCUAAAAAACAGCUGCUUCCCCACAUCUAUGCACAUCCUGGAGGGAGACCUCGGUGUCAUCAAUGGACUCCUCAAAGACCAUUCGUCUGGUGGGAAGCUCACGCAGCUCAAAAUCGCUCAGAGACUUCGGCUUGACCAGCCCAAGCUGGAUGAAGUGACUCGUCGUAUCAAACAAGGCAGCCCCAAUGGCUACGCCGUGCUCCUGGCGACACAGUCCGCCCCGGGCAGUGCGGGGACUGAGGGGUCCUUCCCUGUGGUUGAGCCUGGCUUGCAGCGACGGCUGCUCAGGAAUCUGGUCUCCUACUUGAAACAGAAGCAGGCUGCUGGGGUUAUCAGCCUGCCUGUGGGAGGAGCAAAGGGCAGAGACAGCACAGGCAUGCUUUAUGCAUUCCCUCCUUGUGAAUUCUCUCAGCAGUACCUCCAGUCAGCACUAAGGACAUUGGGGAAGUUGGAAGAAGAACAUAUGGUGAUAGUUAUAGUCAAAGACACUGCCUAGCCCACACUGUCUUUUCAAAUUCCAUGUUUUCUUUGUGUGUCACACAACCCCGUUGUUUUUAAGGCCCAUCAUUUUGGUGGAGGCUCAGAACACCUCAACCAAAGUGCUAAGAUUUUUAGUUUCUAAUUAAUUUUAAUACCAUUUAAAUAGAGCCCAUUUCAUUCGUUUUUAAUACGUGACACUGUCUGCUGUUGUUCUGUAUUUUUAUUUUUUAACUGUAUGAAAAAGUUGUCAGUAAAGCCUUGUUCACUGAUGGAUUUCUAAA